GCUUUAAAAACAUAUAUUUCUAAAUAAAGCAUUCAGAAAAAAGCAGUAAUGGCUUCAAAAGCUCAAGCUUCACUUGCGUUUUUUCUCGCACUCAAUCUGCUUUGCUUCAGCAUGACGAGUGCGACUACUACUACAAUAACUUGCCCUAGUGACAUCUACUUAAACCUGAAAUUAUGUGUUAAUGUGUUGGGCCUCAUCACUAUUCCACCAAAUGCUCAAUGCUGUGGAAUUCUCGGCACUCUUGCUGAUGCUGAGGCUGCUGCUUGCGUUUGCGCUGCCAUUAAAGCUAAUGUGUUGGGCAUACCGCUCAACCUCACUCUUAAUCUUACCUUGAAUUUGUUGCUUAAGGGCUGCGGCAAGACUCUUCCUGUUAAUUACGUUUGCCCAGCUUACUGAUUAGUUUAAUUGGCUUGUGCUUGUGCAUGCUAUGCAUGAAUUUACAAGUCAAUUGAUAAAAAUCAAGUAUCUCUAGUUAUGUGCUUUUACUUAUUAUCGGUGUGGAAGACAAGCAAGA